UGUGACAAGCAGAGUAUACUGAGACUAGCGUUCAGUGUUGGCCAGUACCUGCCUUCUUUUUCACCACCUCCAAUUUCAGCUCCAGUAAGUUGCUUGGAACUUUGGUUCUGGCAGCAGCCGCAGCAGCAGCAUUGCCAUCCUCUUUCUGCUAGAUCGCGGGCCUUUCGGUGUCUGCUCCCACACGCCGGUCGGCAGGACCAUGUCGCUGGUAAGCCAGAAUUCGCGCCGCCGCCGCCGCCGCAGUGCAAAGGCCACUGCGCACAACAGCAGCUGGGGUGAAAUGCAGGCCCCUGAUGCCCCCAGUCUCUCCGCUGCUAUGCCAGGCCCAGACGUCCCCCAGGGUCCCAGCGAUCUCCAGAUCCUCCCGGGCCUCUGCGCCUCUGAGGGCCCAGGCACCUCCGUGCCGCCCACCCCUGAUGAGGGCCCAAGCACCUCUGUGCCGCCCACCGUCUCUGAGGGCUCAAUCGCUUCCGAGCAGCCCACCGUCUCCCAGGGGCCGAACACCUCGGAGCUGCCCAUCCCCAUUGAGGGCUCAAGCACCGCUGGGCCUCCUGCGGUCUCUGAGGGACUGAAUACAGCCGUGCUGAUCAACGCCUAUGAGGGCCUAAGCCCCCCUGUGUCGCCCACUGCCUCGGAGGGCUCAAGCGUCUCCGAGCAGCCCACUGUCACUGAGGGGCCGAACACCUCCGAGCUACCCCUCUCCGAUGACGACCCAAGCACUUCUGUGCUUCCCAUCUCCAGUGAGGGACUGAGCAAUCUUGUGCCGCCCACCCCCGCUGAGGGCCCCAGCACCUCCGUGCUGACCACCGUCUCUGAGGGACUGGGCAUCUCUGUGCCGCCCACCUCCAGUGAGGGACUGAGCAAUCUUGUGCCGCCCACCCUCUCCGAGGGACCAGGCAUCGACAUGCCGCCCCCAUCCGGUGAAGGCCCGAGCACCUCUGUGCCGCCCACCACCUUUGAGGGACCUGGCACCUCCGUGCUGCCCCCAUCCGGUGAAGGCCCGAGCACCUCCGUGCCGCCCACCACCUCUGAUGGACUUGGCAUCUCCGUACCGCCCCCCUCCAGUAAGGGCCAGAGCACCUCCGUGCUGCCCUCCGCUGGUGAGGACGCAAUCACCUCGGUACCGCCCACUGUCUCUGAGGGACCUGGCGCCUUGGAUCCUCCCACCCGCGGUGAGGUCCCCAGCACCUCAGUGUCGCGCAACCCUGGGGAGGGCCCGAGCACCUCUGGAAUUGCCACCGUCGCCGAGGGUCUGAGCACCUCUGAGAUGCUGACGGUUGCGGAGGGCCAGAGCACCUCUGAGAUGGCCGCCGCCGCCGCCGCUGCCGCCGCCGCCGAGGGUCCGAGCACCUCUGAGAUGCUGACUGUUGGGGAGGGCCCUAGCACCUCUGAGAUGGCCGCCGCCGCCGAGGGCCCGAGCACCUCUGGGAUGGCCACAGCUGCGGAGCACCCGAGCACCUCUGGGAUGCUCACCACUGCGGCGGGCCCUAGCACCUCUGAGAUGGCCGCUGCCCCCGAGGACCCGAGUACCUCUGGGAUGGCCACAGCCACCGAGGGCCCGAGCACCUCUGGGAUGCUCACCUUUGCUGAGGGCCCAAGCAUCUCUGAGAUGGCCACCGCCGCCGAGGGCCCAAGCACCUCUGGGAUGGCCACCGCCGCCGAGGGCCCGAGCACCUCUGGGAUGGCCACCGCCGCCGGGGGCCCGAGCACCUCUGAGAUGGCCACCGCCGCCGAGGACCCGAGUACCUCUGGGAUGGCCACAGCCACCGAGGGCCCGAGCACCUCUGGGAUGCUCACCUUUGCUGAGGGCCCAAGCAUCUCUGAGAUGGCCACCGCCGCCGAGGGCCCAAGCACCUCUGGGAUGGCCAUCGCCGCCGAGGGCCCGAGCACCUCUGAGAUGGCCACCACCGCCGAGGGCCCGAGCACCUCUGAGAUGGCCACCGCCGCCGAGGGCCCGAGCACCUCUGAGAUGGCCACCGCCGCUGAGGGCCCUAGCACCUCUGGGAUGGCCACAGCGACCGAGCGCCCGAGCACCUCUGGGAUGCUCACCUUUGCUAAGGGCCCAAGCAUCUCUGAGAUGGCCGCCGCCGCCGAGGGCCCGAGCACUUCUGGGAUGGCCACCGCCGCUGAGGGUCCAAGCACCUCUAGGAUGAUCACCGCCGCUGAGAACCCGAGCACCUCCGGUAUGCUCGCGGCUUCUGCGAACCCUGCUGCAUCGUUGAGCUUGAGUGCUUCUGUGAGCCCGAACUCCUCCAAGUGCCCUAUUGCUUUGCCAAGCUCGUGCGUCGCCAAGGCUUCCUCGGACUCUAAGCGCCCAAAGGGUGCAGAAGGCCCCAUGGAAUUCCAGGUCCUGAGAGACCGUGAGAACUCCAACUCCAUUACCAUUAUGGGCCUUGGCACUUCCCAGGUUGCUCUCACCCUGAAGCCCCAAGACCCUAUGGAGCAGAAUGUAGCUGAGUUGUUACAGUUUCUGCUGGUGAAAGAUCAGAGCAAGUAUCCUAUCCGAGAAUCCGAAAUGCGGCAAUAUAUUGUUAAAGAAUAUCGCAGCCAGUUCCCUGAGAUCCUCAGGCGAGCAGCAGCCCACCUGGAGUGCAUUUUUAGGUUUGAAUUGAGGGAGCUUGACCCUGAAGAGCGCACAUAUAUCCUGCUGAACAAGCUGGGGCCUGUGCCCUUUGAAGGACUGGAAGAGAGCCCAAAUGGGCCAAAGAUGGGCCUCCUGAUGAUGAUCCUAGGACAAAUAUUCCUGAAUGGCAACCAAGCCAAGGAAGCUGAGAUUUGGGAAAUGCUCUGGAGGAUGGGGGUGCAGCGAGAGAGGAGGCUUUCCAUUUUUGGGAACCCAAAGAGACUUCUAUCUGUAGAGUUUGUAUGGCAGCGCUACUUGGACUACAGGCCAAUAACUGACUGUACACCAGUGGAGUACGAAUUUUUCUGGGGCCCAAGAUCCCACAUAGAAACCAGCAAGAUGAAAAUUCUGAAGUUCAUGGCUAAGAUCUAUAACAAAGAUCCUUCCGACUGGCCAGAGCAAUACAAUGAGGCUCUGGAAGAAGAGGCUGCUAGAGCUUAUGCUGAAGGUUGGCAAGCUCUCCCUCCCUUUAGGAGGCCUUUUUUCGAAGAAGCUGCUGCAGAGGUAGCAUCUCCUGAUUUUGAUGUUUCUGCCUAUCCCUCAAAAUAUCCUCCACAUUCAUGGCCUGAGUCAAGAAUGGAGAGCAAGGCAAGGAAGUUGGUGCAGUUAUUUCUGCUGAUGGAUUCAACUAAGCUGCCUAUACCAAAGAAAGGAAUUCUGUACUACAUUGGCCGAGAAUGCAGCAAAGUAUUCCCUGACCUCCUGAAUCGUGCUGCUCGCACCCUGAACCACGUGUAUGGGACAGAGCUAGUGGUACUUGAUCCAAGAAACCACUCCUAUACCCUGUACAACCGAAGGGAAAUGGAAGAUACUGAAGAGAUUGUAGACAGUCCAAAUAGGCCUGGCAACAACUUCUUGAUGCAGGUUCUAAGCUUCAUCUUUAUAAUGGGCAACCAUGCUAGGGAGUCUGCAGUGUGGGCCUUUCUGCGGGGCUUAGGGGUUCAAGCUGGGAGAAAGCAUGUGAUUACCUGUAGGUAUUUGAGUCAGCGCUACAUAGACAGUUUACGGGUUCCCGACAGUGAUCCAGUACAAUAUGAGUUUGUAUGGGGCCCUAGAGCCCGCUUGGAAACCUCUAAGAUGAAAGCGCUGCGAUACGUGGCCAGAAUCCACAGAAAGGAGCCGCAGGACUGGCCAGAGCAGUACAGGGAGGCAAUGGAAGAUGAGGCUAAUAGAGCUGAUGCUGGUCACAGGCAAUUCCUUGUUCACAACUUCAGAUAGAGGAGUAUGUGGCAGUCAGAGAGGCCUUGCAAGGCCGGGCCCUAGAGCCCUAUGCCUCAUGUAUUGGGGUGGGGGGGUAUGUAUUGUAUUUGUAUUUGUGUUCCAGUUCCAUUUAUGUCUUUUCACAUUUAGUUCUUGUUUGGUAUCUUGAAAAGUUUCAAUUGUUUUAAUAUAUUGUCCAGUAGGGUAAAUGUGAUUGACUACUUGCUGUCUCUGUUGUAUUUUGGUAUAAGAGUUUUGAUAGUGUUAUAAAAUGUUUUGGGAAUCUUUCCAUCUUGUUGCAUUAUCUGGAAGAGAAUAUAUAGCAUAUAGCUAUAGAUAUAGGCUUUUCCUUGAAAGCUUGAAAAAAAUUCACCCGUAAAGUGAUCUAGCUUCUGAUGUUAAACAAACAAGCAAAUAUAUCAACAACUGAAAAAGCACUCCAAGUUAUGGCUGGCCUCCCUUUCUGUCUGCUAUUGUGUAAAGAAUACCAAUGUUUACCUGUAUUUGCUUUGCUGUACUAAAAUGUAAUGAAAAAUAAAGUGUAAUAAAUCAAACAUAAUGCUAAUGCACUAUUUAUUCCACAAACAUUUAUUAAAUUU